AUGCCGCGAACUCCGCCGUGGCUUUUUCGGCAGGCCAAAAAACACUCGCCUCAUGCUGCUACACUUCUUCUUGCCUGCAGAAGCCUGCCUCUUGCGCUCAACGAGUUGCGCUGGAUCCGAGACCAUGUCGAGUCCAACACCAAGCCUGCCCACCGAGCGCAGCGCUUACAUGCGCUCUGCCGCCAAAGGGGCCAGGGCGUUCCUCUCCAAUACAUCUUGAAGUCACAGCCAUUUGGCCCCUUGGACGUCAAGUGCAAACCAGGUGUGCUCAUUCCGCGGCCGGAAACUGAAUCUUAUACGUAUCAUCUUGCGAGUGAGGUGAAACAGCUUGGACGCCGCAACGGCCUACAAGAGCUCAAAGUGCUUGAUUUUUGCACCGGGACGGGUUGCAUACCUUUACUCUUGUUUUCUUUGCUUCAAAACUCGUUCGAGCGUUUGCAAGUACAAGGUGUUGAUGUCUCGACAGAAGCAGUCAAUUUGGCCCGAGAGAAUCUGGUCAUGAAUACAAGCUUGGGACACUUGGAUAUUAUCCCUGGCCAGCAGCAAGUGCAAAUCACACAAGGCGACAUAUUUAGCGAUUCAGAGAUGAAGAGCGUACUCUCUUCUAAGUGGGACGUUUUGAUCUCGAACCCACCAUAUAUUUCAUUCGACGUCUGGAACAGCGGCCGGGGCCAGAUGGGCCAUUCCGUUCGCAAGUUUGAGCCUGCGUUAGCCCUGGUGCCUGGCGCCCAUCUUGAACCGCCACCGGGGUGGCAAAGUUCAGACGUCUUCUACGCUAGGCUGCUCGACAUUGCGUACCAGGUCAGACCGAAGCUGCUGCUCUUAGAAAUCGGCGAUGAACCCCAGGCCCUGCGCGUGGUCAGCAAGUACCUGGCUCACCAGUUCGCCACCAUUUCUACCAUUGAGAUUUGGCGCGACACGCCAGAUGGGCAGGCCGAUAUAGACGGCCAGAAGAUCGAGGUCACCAAUCACCAAGACCAGAACUGCAGAAUCCCGCUUAAAGGAUGUGGUAAUGUGCGCUCGAUUGUAAUUCGGAGCGCUGACUGA